AUGAUGUACACGGGCGAAAUCGAGAACGGCCAGAUGCACGGCCGGGGUUGCCUCGUCUACCCGAAUAAGGAGAAGUACGAAGGCGACUGGGUGUACGGCAAGCGUCACGGCCACGGUGUGUACACGUACGCGGACGGUAGCAAGUACGAUGGGGAGUGGGUGGAGGAUAAGGUACACGGAAAAGGCACGUGUUACUACGCCAGCGGCAACCGCUACACCGGUGACUGGACGUUUGGUCGCAUCAACGGCCGCGGUGUUCUCGAGUACGCCGACGGCGACCGCUACGACGGUGAGUGGAAGGACGGCCGUAUGCAUGGUAAGGGUCUCUAUUACUACUCCAACGGUGACCGCUACGAGGGUGAGUGGAAGGAUGAUAAACGCCACGGCAAGGGUACAGUGACGUACGCCGGCCCCGACGGUAGCGUGUCAGAGAAGUUCGACGGCGACUGGAUGGAGGGGCGCAUGCAGGGCUGGGGUAAAUACUACUACGCCGACGGUGGCGUUUACGAGGGUGAGUGGCAAGAUGGCAAGAUGCACGGUAAGGGUACGUACAUAUUCCCUAACGGCAACAAGUACGAGGGAGAGUGGUUCGACGACGUGAAGCAGGGCUACGGUGUGCUGACUUACGUUAACGGUGAGCGCUACGAGGGCUACUGGCUGGACGACAAGGCGCACGGCACCGGCACCCUAACCUACCUUCAGGGCGACCGCUACACUGGCGAGUGGUACCAAGGCAAGAAGCACGGCCACGGUACCCUGGCCUAUAGCAACAAAGACACGUACGAGGGCGAGUGGCGUAAUGACAGCGCGACCGGCCGAGGUGUGCUCGAGUACGCGAAUGGGUGCCGCUACGAGGGUGACUGGUUGGACGAUAGGCGCCACGGCGAGGGCCAGUUGCUGCUGCCGGAUGGCUCCAGCUAUGAGGGAGGGUGGGUGAAUGGUAAGAAGGAUGGCCGCGCCCGUAUCAUCCUGAAGUGCGGCGCCAUCUUUGUGGGCACUUGGAAGGACAACCAUAUCGUGGGACAGGGCGAGUUCCGCCUCUCCGAGCACUGUGACCUCAGCAAUUCUGACUACUAG